AAGUCAUAAGCAGCCGCUCAGUGCCGGGCUGAAGCUGAAGGAGCGCUGUGAGCUCCACAGUUCAAGAUUCAGCGCAUUCCGCUCAGGUUGACAACUGCUGCAGCUCCUCCACAGCCUGUCCGUAUGGAAAUACCACCGACAUCAUGCACCUCUAAAAGCUCCGACAACACCGUCUUGUGUCUGGCCUGAAGGGGAAAAGUCUGCAAGAUCACUUUCCUUGCACCUCUGAGGUGGACCAAGCGUCAGAGGAUUUUUUUUUUUCUCCUCCUCUUUUUCGAGUAGUCCGUUUCAAUUUCCCCCUUCCGCUUCUCGCAAGUCUCGCAUUUUUUUUUUUAACUUUUAUUUUUUCCUUCCCAAAAAAAAAAAGGCGCUGCUGUUUCCCCGAGUCUACCCAGCACCCAUGAAUUCAGAUAAAAAUGUGUACCUCGGCAGAGACAAAGGCAUCAUGCGGAAGAGAGCCUUGCUCCUUCGGAAAGGUUGCAGCUUCGAGAUUACCAGCUCUGCCUCGGAGGACUUGGGCUGCAGGCGUGGAGACUUCAGCAGGAAACACUAUGGUUCAGUGGAGCUGCUAAUUUCUAGUGACGCAGAUGGGGCCAUACAGAGGGCAGGGCGCUUCAGGGUGGAGAAUGGCUCGUCGGAUGAGGCUUUGGACUACACACCAGGAACCUGGAGGAGAACCGAUGUCCAUCUGGAGAAUCCAGAGUACCACACCAGAUGGUUCUUUAAAUACUUUCUGGGAAAAGUCCACCAGAACUAUGUGGGUACAGAUGCAGAGAAGAAUCCCUUCUACCUGUCGGUCGUCCUCUCAGACCAAAACAACCAGCGGGUUCCUCAGUACAGAGCCGUCCUCUGGAGAAAGAUGGGCACUCUGAAGAUCAGCCUCCCCUACAGCCCGACCAAAACACUAUCAGUCAAGUCCAUCCUCAGUGCAAUGAACAUGGACAGGUUUGAGAAAGGCCCCAGGGAGAUCCUCAACCCAGAGAUUCAGAAGGACCUGCUGGUGUUGGAGGAACAGGAGGGUUCUGUCAACUUUAAAUUUGGCGUCCUGUUUGCCAAAGACGGACAGCUCACAGAUGACGAGAUGUUUAGCAACGAGACGGGGAGUGAGAGCUUCGAUAAGUUUCUCAAUCUGAUGGGGGAGUCUGUUACGCUGCAGGGAUGGGCAGGUUACCGCGGAGGGCUGGACACCAAGAAUGACACUACAGGAAUGAAGUCCAUCUACACAGUGUAUCAGGGCCAUGAGCUCAUGUUCCAUGUGUCCACCAUGUUACCCUACUCUAAAGAGAACAAACAGCAGGUGGAGAGAAAGAGACACAUUGGAAAUGACAUUGUUACCAUAGUAUUCCAGGAAGGGGAUGACGCAUCGUCGUCCUUCAAACCGUCUAUGAUCCGAUCGCACUUCACCCAUAUUUUUGCAUUAGUUAGGUAUAAUAGCCAGAAUGACAGUUACAGGUUGAAGAUUUUCUCAGAGGAGAGUGUUCCACUGUUUGGACCCCCUCUCCCACCUCCGCCUGUAUUUACUGAUCACCAAGAAUUCAGGGACUUUUUAUUAGUCAAAUUAAUCAAUGGAGAGAAAGCCACACUGGAGACGCCAACGUUUGCCCAGAAGCGUCAGCGGACCCUUGACAUGUUGAUCCGCUCGCUCUACCAAGACCUCAUGCCUGACCUGCACAAGGUUCCUUUUUCUCCCCAGAACAUGUUAAACCGCCGGUCCUUCAGCGACGUGCUGCCUGAGUCUCCAAAGUCAGCACGCAAGAAGGAGGAGGCACGGCAGGCCGAAUUUGUCAGAAUAGGGCAGGCUCUGAAGCUGAAGACCAUUGUGAGAGGAGACGCCCCAACUAGCCUUGUCACCACCGGCCUCUGCAGAAAAGAGCCGUGGGAGUCCCAGACGUUCAGCAGCACAUUCCCCUAUGAGAUCGUGUGUGCCGACUCCUGGGGUCAGUCUCUGCUGGCUGCCACCGACGCAGCCGGUGUCAUGCUGCUAGAUGGCCCUGAUCCAGCUUUGUCCAACGCUGAGACGCAGGCUGUGCCCCCAGUCCAGGUGUUUGACAAAACCAUGGUGGUGAAGCAGGUGCACGUUCUCGAGCCUCAGGACCUGCUUAUCACCAGGGCUGACAAAGGGAAGGACGCUCGCCUCUAUGUGUACAGACUCAGCACGCUCAAGAGGGGCCUGGAGGAGAAGCAGCUCGUCAGAAGCAAGUGUGACAGCCGGGAAAAUAAACUGGAGAAAACCAAAGGCUGUCAUUUGUACUCUAUCAACACUCACCACGGCUCAGAGCUGAGGAUUGUGGCUGCCAUCAGGAACAAACUCCUCCUCAUCACCAGAAAACAUCCACGGUUCGAAGGCUUGAGCGCCGUCGCCCCUUCAGCAGAGUCACCGGUGGAGGAGUUUCAGUACAUACGGGAGAUCUGUCUGUGUGACCCGCCGGUGGUGAUGGCGCUGGUGGAUGGGCCGACGGGGGAAAAUGACAACAUGAUCUGUGUGGCCUAUAAGCAUCAGUUUGACCUGAUCAAUGAGAGCACUGGCGAUGCCUACCGGCUACAUCACGUCGACGCCAACAGGGUAAAUUUUGUAGCAGCCAUUGAUGUGUAUGAAGACGGGGAGGCGGGUCUGCUGCUGUGUUACAACUACAUUUGCUACUAUAAGAAAGUUUGUCCAUUUAACGGCUCCACACCGAUGAUCCAGGCCAACACCUCCGAUUUCCACUUCAGCUGGAACCAGAUGCCCAAUGCUAUCGUCUGUGCGUUUCCUUACAUCCUGGCCUUCACAACGGACUCCAUUGAGAUCCGGCUGGUCGUUAAUGGUAACCUUGUGUACACGGCAGUGGUCCCAGAGCUACAGUUGGCUGCCUCGCGGUCGGACAUAUAUUUUGUUUCCUCGGCCCCGGUGAGCUCAGCCUCCAACUGCAGUUCGAGAGACACCAGUUCCCAGAGUUCCCCGCAGACGCCCACCGGCUAUGAGAUGCCUGUGUUCCCUUCGCCGCUCGGCGAUGGUGAAUCGGCAUGUAAGCACAUGUUCAAGAUCCCUCUGUGUAACUUGGUGGGCCGAAGCAUCGAAAGGCCCCUCAAGUCCCCUCUGGUCAACAAGGUGCUGACGACGCCGGCCCCCCCCAUGGUGCCCCCAUCUACCCUCAUCUCCGCCACGCACUCGCUGUCCCUGUCCCGCAUGGAAAUCAAAGAGAUAGCCAGCCGCACACGCAAGGAGCUGCUUGGCUUGACAGAGGAACCAAGUGGAAAGUCGGACAGUGGAACAGUCAAACAGAGGAAGAUGAGCAAGAAGAACACGGAGGAAGACCCUAAAGCACGAGCACUGACGUCAACAAACAGCGACAGGUUAGCCUCGGAGUCUGCUGAGACAGACCUGGACGUCCAGCUGCAUUGUUCGCCCAGUUCGGAGGCCGAGCCAGAGAAGGCGGUGCUGCGAGAGGAGAGCCCGCCUCUCGCCAGCGCGUUUGCCCUGUCCACAUCCUUCGAAGAAGAUGUCCUGGACCUAAAGUGAAGACAAUCCCACCGUGCACUUCUCUGCCCACCCACUCCUGUACUGUCACCAUUAUUUUAUUGUUUUAGUUGGUUUGUUUUUAAAUUAGUUUGUUGAAUUCUUUUUUCUUAACUUUUUUUUGUUGUUGUUGUUGUUCAUAUCCCUGUAUCUUGGGUCUCCCCCAUUCAUCGGACGAGAUGAGUGCAGCGGGAGUUAGAAGAUGUCUGUGUGCGUUUGUUUUUCGCGAGCCUACCAUCAAGCCACUGCGUGUUGGGUGUUUGUGUUGCCCCGCAGAAAAUAACCCAAAGAGGCGGUGAGGUUAUGUAAGAUGCCGUGGUUUAUUCAGAGCUCUGCAACAGCCUUGAGAUAAUGUUACCAAACCACAAACUGAAUGUAAAUCUGCGCACCGAGGCACGACAAAAAUCUCUGCGUUCACAAUGCCCUCUGAAGUUGCUAGCGCUUAAUGUGUUGUAUAUUAUGUGAUUAUUUCCGAUCCACUUUCAAAUGUUGUAUGAUAUGCGUAUGUGUGUGUACAUCUGUUUAUACAUGAAAAUGCAUACACAGUGACAAGCAUGUAUGCCUGUCAUGCCCGUGAUGUAUAUUUAUAGAUAUAUUAUAAAAAUCCAUUUUAUUCCCAUAUUUAGUGAAAGUAUGAUGUUUUAUGCUCUCUGCAUAUCUUACUCCUUAUUAUUCUCCCGAUUCACAGUAUACAGGUAGACAGGGCUGGAGGCAAAGUCUCCCACAAGUGCCAUUUCCCAGCAUCCUCCACUGAACUACAUCUCCAACAGCCACCAUAUUCUGGUGUCUGACAGUAGCAGCCAUGAUUGUAGUCCUCAUUAGAUUACUAUAUGGUGUCCCACAACUCCAUUCAGUUUGGAUGAAUUGACUUAUCGGAGGCCCUCUCUCAUAAGAAUGAGACGUACUUAAAACUGCAUGACCUGACUUUGCUACAUUAUUGUGACUUAUGCUCCAAAAGAAAUUGCUUCUUUGGAAACCAUAACAUCUGCGACAUCAUACCAAACAUAGCCUCCUAAAGCAAACCACAAGCUGAGACGGCAGAAGUGUGGAUGUUUUACUAGACUGGCGUGUGUGCCGAGCCGAGGUACGAUGGCACAGUAAAGAGCAAAACUACAAGUAAUACGUGAAAACUAAAGUUAAAACACAGCAUAUUGCCGUAAACUGAAAAGAUAAAAGCAAAAUUUUGUUGAAAUGUGCAAAGCUGAAACUGUCUAGACCACUAACUACACUAAAAUAACAUUAAGUAUGAAGUGUUUUAAGUGUCUUUUUUUUUCUUUUUUUUUGUACGUCUAAGGUGCAGAGAAGUAAUGAAUUUGGAAGUGAUCCCAAUAUUGAAACAAUGUAGAAAUAAAUUCAAAAUAUAUUGAUUAUAUUGCACAGAAACCCAUUUCAGCUGCACGCAGAAAACAUUCUGAAUUUAGAUAGUUGUAUUCAUCGUAUUCUUCCUCGUUUUUUGGCACGACUACUUCAAUACAGUUCAACGUCCUUCAAACUUAAACAUGUUCAACCCUUUGAGGACAUUGUCGGAAUGCUUGUAGUAUUCAUAUCUUUCAUACGUUGCAAAAUAUUACGAGUUUUUCAGCAAUUUUUCCCAAAUUCAAAUGAAGGGAUGCAAUGUUCAGAGGUAGAGUGGGUGACAUCACAAGCAGAGUGGGGUUGAGCUGUUAGACUCUUCAACUUCCUCAUCCUCCCAUAGGUUUCACUCUUCAUACACCAUCCUUUUUCAACGAAACAUAGAAAAAUGUGUCAUCUUUCAAACAAUUGAAAUAUUGAAGAAAACUGGCUCAAACAGUUUGCGCAAUGAGCAACGGGACUUCCAUCCAAUUGCCCCAUUGACUCCAAUAUUAACCGAGACAAGAAAUUUCAGGAACAAAAACAGAAAGAAGCACUCUACAGUAUUUCCACAUUUUUGACAAUCUUUGAGUUUAAGUGUUGAGUCUUAAUUUCAAUUUACUGAACUUUCUGACCCAGGAGUCACUCUGCAGAUACCAACACACAGCUGAUUGGGAUUAUCUGAUGAGACUUGUGCUUUUCUGGUCUAUGUGGUGUUGCAGUAGAUGGAAAAGGAUGUCAAAUAACAUUUUAACACAACUUCUAUUUCAACUGCAGCUACUGUAUUCUGAACUGGCACACAAAGCAAGUCAUGGCCUUUCAAUGGUACAAAUUCACACACGCAUGUCCACAUAAACUAUGGAAAAACACAUGCAUCCAUUUUUUUAAAUGUAUAAAAAAACACUCAUUUCCACACCUUUCACUGCUUACACUAUAUUUGCAGCCCUUUCUACUAUUACAGCUCUUCAUACUUCAUUCAUAUGGUCCUUCAUUUAAAGUUAAACCAGCAAUGCGCUUUAGCUCCCAGCCAUCCAUCAAGCAUUACAGUCCACCCGCCAGCUUUUCAGGCAAUGCUGUCCAGCUCCCAGCAAUACAGCUUAGCGUCAGCUUUUCAGCAGCCAGCACUCAAUCCCACCGCAAUUUCUUCCUCAAUUCUCAAGUAUAAAUGCACUUUUCAUUCAAACUGAGUGCUGAGGAACUCGCACUGACGACCCUGAAUCUAACAUGAAACGGGGAAAAUGUUCGUGAGGCAGUCAGUAAAGCCCAAAGACAAAGCUUUGGGGAUCCACUGGUACUAUAUAGAUAGCUCAACAAACUGGGAGCAGUGGUUCUAACUAUGCUGAUGUGGGUAUAUGCGACCGCCUCUGUGGUGGUUUCACAAUGCGGCAGCCUUCAGAUCUUGCAUGAGCCUCCUUCUCUUUACCGCUCACUCCUUUCCUCUGUUCUCCUGCCUGUCUCAGUGUGAACACUAUAACGCAACUCGGUAAGACUAAAAAGGGAAGAAGAAGAAUAGGAUGGGGGGAGGGGGGUAUUUUUAAAAAGGUACUCUAGUGUUUAUUACUCUGGGUGAGAGGGGGAUGCCUGUCAGUUACAGUUUGUGACACUGCUUCUCCCACGUACGAUGUUCCUAUUUCUCUUGUAUUUCUGUCAAGUACUCUUUGUUCCUACCUCCCCUUGGCAUUUUCACUGUUUUUGUUUGUUUGUUUUUGUAUUUUUAAUCUAUAUUUACUGUUUAGACUGUUGCUGAACCUCUGUGAUAUCAAAAUGAAAGAAAAUGAACAAAAAAAACACCAAGUGUCUUAAAAUAUUGUAUCGCCAUUGUUUUUAAUGCCAAGUACUACUUGUAAAUGUUUGUGUAUCAAAUGUGGCCUCAAAUGAAACUAAACUAUAUUAUUAUUAUGAUUAUUAUUUGAGCAAUUAUUUUAAACAAGUGCUGUAGACCACUGCUGUGAAAGUAGUCGAUUCUGUUCAUUGAUAUGUAAUAAAUAUUUAUGAAAUUUG